UCAAGUGGGUGCGUGAGAGUCACCACCUCAAGGAAGCUGUUGAUGGUUUUCCCAUUUUAAGCUGCUCCUCAUUCUCUCUGAAGGCAUAAAAAGGAAGGUUUUUGGAAAAGGUCGAGGGGUGAUUUGGUCAAUUGGAUUCCAUCUUCAUCUGGAGAAAAUCAAAAGUGAAAAAGUCUGAGCUUUGAGGUUGAAAUGAAAUUUUGCUGAGAAAGUUUAGAAAAGAUCAAAUCUUUACAAAGAAAAAGGGAGAAAAAAAUUAUAGAGGCGAAGUGUGAUUUAUUACAACAAUUAUUUACUUAAAGAAAAACAAAACAUCAACAACAACCAAAGGUUGAUUCAUGAUGAUGUUCUUUCCUAAAUCCAUUAUAUUUCUGUAGAUUCUAACUCUCUCUCUCUGUGUCUCCUUUGAGAGAAAAUGGAGUAGCCCAACUAUCUCUUUUGGUUGCUUUUGGUGGAAAAUGCUGGUUGGGUUCUUAAGAUCAAACCCAGAUCUUGCUACCUUUUGAUCUGGUAGAAUGCUUUUGUUAAUCUUUGGAAGCUGAAGAAAAUUAGAGCCAAGGAGACAAAAGGCAUAUGGGGUUUUUUCUUUUUUGAUACAACUCAAAAAAUAAUGCAUGCUUUGCCACUCAAAAGGGGAAAAGAAGAUGAAGUUUAUUAAGAUUUUUUCAACAUAUGAAGUCGGUUUGAUGUUGCUGUUCAAGUAAACAAGGAAUUUUCUCUGUUGGAAUUGAGUAAUAACUCAUCUUCUUGAGGAUGGAGUUGCACAUUUAUUUGUGGGUUGGCCUUAUCAGUGGCUUUCGAUUUAUGAGUUGACAGUUUCGUGCAACUAGGUUUUCCUUGCUGGGCUGAUAUCUCUUUUCAACUUCCUUGAUGGUGCAUUUGCUUUGAAGGGCUUUCUUUUUAUAUCCGGUUGUUGUUAAUUGCUUGAAAACAGAUUCUCCAUCUAAGUUACAAUGAUCAAACAAAUACUUAAUAGGCUCCCACGGAAACCAUCUAAGUCCAGUGACAAUCGUGAGGGAGGAGGAGGAACCUCUACCUCUUCAUCAAAUGCUUCUACCAGUUCAAGAAACAGCGAUCUAGCUAGUAACCGAUAUGCAAACGCAAGUGGUGCAGCCUUUUCUGGAUUUAAUUCUACUCCAAAUUUAGGGCUGAAUCCAGGCAAUAAGAUUUCUCAAGUGGUGAAUGCAAAGCUGAAUGGGAAUAUGUUUGCUUCUUUUGAGGCAUUGCCCAGUUUUAGAGAUGUUCCAAAUUCUGAGAAGCAGAACUUGUUCAUCAGAAAACUGAACUUGUGUUGCAUUGUGUUUGACUUCACUGACCCAACCAAAAACUUCAAAGAGAAGGAUAUCAAGCGGCAAACCUUACUAGAGCUUGUGGAUUAUGUUUCAUCUGCCAGUGGGAAAUUUUCGGAGAUUGUUAUGCAAGAAAUUGUAAAGAUGGUGUCUGUCAAUUUGUUUAGAGCACUUACUUCUCCACCCCGUGAGAACAAAGUUUUAGAAGCAUUUGAUUUGGAAGAGGAGGAACCCUCAAUGGACCCUGCCUGGCCUCAUUUGCAAGUAGUUUAUGAAUUUCUCUUGAGGCUUGUGGCAUCACCUGAGACAGAUGCAAAAUUGGCCAAGCGGUAUAUUGAUCACUCUUUUGUUCUAAGGCUGUUAGAUCUUUUUGAUUCAGAGGACCCCAGAGAAAGGGAGUAUCUGAAAACUGUUCUGCAUCGCAUAUAUGGAAAAUUUAUGGUCCAUCGUCCAUUCAUCAGGAAAGCAAUCAACAACAUCUUUUACCGCUUUAUUUUUGAAACUGAAAAACACAAUGGAAUUGCAGAACUAUUAGAAAUUUUGGGAAGUAUAAUCAAUGGGUUUGCUUUGCCACUGAAGGAAGAACAUAAGCUCUUUCUUGUUCGUGCAUUGAUACCGCUUCACAAACCAAAGUGCAUACCUAUGUACCACCAGCAGCUAUCUUACUGCAUCACUCAAUUUGUGGAGAAGGACUGCAAGCUUGCUGAUACUGUUAUACGAGGCUUGCUAAAGUAUUGGCCGAUUACAAAUAGCUCAAAAGAAGUCAUGUUCUUGGGUGAACUGGAGGAAGUUUUAGAAGCCACACAACCUCCUGAGUUUCAACGCUGCAUGGUACCCUUGUUCCGUCAGAUAGGCCGUUGCUUGAGUAGUUCGCAUUUUCAGACUCUUCAUCUCAUUGGAUUAUAUUUCUUGACUUUCAAACUGGUGAUUACCUGUCUGGACUCUGCCUCGGAAAGUCUACAUCCAAUUUUGAGGUUGGAACUUCAUCGAUAUGCAUUGCUUAAUCUUCUUCAACUAUUUCAUUCUGUGCAUAAAGAGAGGAGAGAUAGAAAUGUGUAGUUGGGUUAAGCAGAUAACUUGAAACUUAGAUGCUCAGACCAACAUUUAAUCAAUGGAAUUUGGAUGUAUUUGGACACGAAGAAAAAGACAGGUCCCCAAUUCCACUUAAUAUUAACCGACUAAAAGGAAUGAAAUAGUAUCAGUUGUUUAACAACUGACAUGUUAUGACGAAGCUGUGUCCUGUUAAUGUUGACUAACUGAAGGAUGUAAUAACAAGACCUUUCAAAAAAGAAAAGAUCACUCUUAGAGAAAGAGAUAAAUCUUCAUAAAGUUGUAAUUGAAAUAAUUAGAUUGCUGCAGUGACAAUAAUGAAAACAAACCAUGCCUUUUCCCACUAGAUUUGAUUGCCUAAAUGGUUAAUAUUGUGUCAUCAUUCUCUAUUUAGGACGUCAUUGUAAGUGAUGCAACUGAGAUUAUCACAAAUAACUAAGAAUCUGGAUUGAUGUAAUGAUUUGUGUUUGAUGAAAUGGACUCUCUUUGCAAAUUUAUCAUAUGGUAUUAACAUGCAGUUGUUAAAAGAUGUCAUAGGGUUUGUGAUAAAGAGGUGUUCCCUAUUAGGAAAUCUCUGCAUCACAUUACUUGCAGAUACCAAGGGCUACAAAUUCAUUUAUGUUUAGGAAAUUUGCUUGUAGAGUAUUAGCAUGCAAAUAAAAAUCAGUAGAAUUGAUUGAUAGCCUCUUUAAUUUAGUUGGUUUGCCCCACAUCCGCUGGCAAGAGGACGGAUUUCCGUUUCAGUUUGUUUAUAGCUAUUGGGAGGAUAUCUCCAUGGUGGUCAGUUUUUACAUAAAUAAAAGCUUUACUAUCUAUCUAGAUGUUGUUGCUAGUUUAAAAUUUCUUAAUAAUAGUUGUAGUCAUGAGCUGACAUUGCAUUGAGUCAGUUAUGCUAGCAAUGAAUAUACACACUUACAUUAAUGUGCAGAGAUAGCAUUUUCAAUGAUUAAAGAUGAUGUGCUUAUUUUCUUGCAGUCUUACUUUCUCUCUCUUUAAAAACUACGAUACUUUGU